AUGCUUCUCACGGCACCUGUGACAUCUGUCGGCGCUAGCACAAUUUUCCAGACGGUGGAAUGGCGAGAGGCAGUUCGGGCAGUAGCGGUGUAUCAGGAUCGCUCGCAGUCGUUCUUCUGCCGUCUUACCACGGUAGAUGGGGCAAAGACUAUAAGGCUAGAAUUUAAUCAUUCAAACCUGGGUUAUUUCACGGAAAUCGAUGCUGUAUUACUAGGCGGGAGGAAGGUGAAUAUUGAAAGUGCGCAACGAGUAUUCGACUCCUAUGAACGGCAACGCAAAUGUUCGAUUUUGCGGAAAUUACAAAGAAUUCAAUUUCGACCCAAUAUUAAGGACAAUUAUCAUAACCACUUGAGAGAAUUUUUUGCCAACUAUUUAAAUAAGUUUAUAUACGUAUUAACCAAUAGUAGAGAAAUUAUGACCGACGAGUUACAUUCCGAGGAGUGCAAGACAACGAUUGGACUCAAAGACAUGCCGUUUGAAAUUAUGUUGAAAAUAUUCAGCUACUUGGAUUUAGUAUCGCUGUUCUUAGUUGGACAAGUGUCGAAAUUCUUUUAUGACGUAUAUACUCAUCCAUUGUUGUACGGCGAAUUGAACCUGAAACCGUAUUGGCAUCUUACAACAAACGAUCUAUUAUGUACCUUGGCAAAGAGAGCUACUGUGUUGAAAAAGUUGGAUUUAUCGUGGUGUGGUUUGUUUAACACGAUUUUCCCAACUGAAUUUAAAAAAUUUAUUCAACAACGAGGAGACAGUCUAAUAUGCUUAAGAUUGGAUUCGUGUAAAAUUUUAAACGCCAGCUGUAUUGAGACAUUGGGAAUUGUAUGCGACAACUUAAGGGAACUUUCCCUUCGAAAUUGCUCGACGGAUCCCCCGCUGCUUAACUUUUCUUGUCUGGCAAAUUUAAAAAACUUGGAAAGAUUAGAUUUAUUUCAAACGGUAAUCGAACCUGAAUUGGUUUUAACCAUGCUAGAAAACAAUCUAAAGUUAAAACACUUGAAUUUGGCAUUUUGCGGAAUAGCAGUUAAUAUGGACGCAGUGGCUCAACGUAUCGGCCAAUGUAAUCAUAAUCUGGUUUCUUUGUUUAUGUGGAAAUCCCGUUUUCUAUCCGCUGCUGGCUUAGAGGCAUUAUCCAAGUGCUGUGAUUUGGAGGAAGUUGAUUUCGGCUGGUGUUUGAGGGAGGUCUCUCUUAGAGAUAGUCUGAAGCAAUUGUUGUUAAAUUGCAAGAAACUCGGAAAGCUAUUCUUAGCCACCGUGCGAGGAAUAACCGAUCGUGAUGUGGAAAACAUUGCAAACUUUUGCUCCAAUUUGGAACAGUUGGACUUGAUGGGUGUUUCAGGGAUAUCUAAAGAGCGCUAUUAUGAGCUUUUGAUGAAAUGUAGAAAGCUACAGUUACUUGACUUAAGCUUCUGUGAUAAUAUUGAUGGUGAAGAGAUUGCGUAUUGGGCCCGAGCUUUUAAAGUUAACAUCAAAUGCAGUCAUAUUUCGUAGGGAAGACACCGUUAUCCGUCUAAUUCGUAAA